AUGCCGGCAACCGGCAACAACCUGCGAAACGAAACACGUGAGAGUGCGAAACGCUACCGAAUCCUUUUAUCGUACAGUGCACUAGCGGAGCAACGGUUCAAAAUUGCGGACUACAUACAGCUUCAGCAGCAGCAGCAGCAGCAGCAGCAGCAGCUCCAGCAGCAGCAGCAGCAGCAGCAGCAGCUUCAGCAGCAACAGAUUCAGCAGCAGCAACAGCUUCAGCAGCAGCAACAGCUUCAACAGCAGCAGUUUUUCCACCACCACCACCAACAGCAGCAGGCUCAUCAACAGCAAUAUUUUCUACCCCAGCAGCAGUUUAUCGAUCCUAGCUUUAACGUUGCUGGAUUGUAUCCGAUAGCCGAGCAGCAGCAAAGUUUCGGAUCGACACAUGGUGUUCGAUUCAGUAGCGCGUCAGUAAAUUCCGUCACCAUUUCGUCGACCGUGGUGAAACGUAGGCCAGCGCCGCAAAUUACGGUAGCGAGCGGCCCGCAGGUCCUAUCGCCGAAGCGACUCCGCACGACCGCGCUGCCCGGCGUAGCGGCGGCUGCCCUUCCGGCCCUCGGCAACUGCCUCGUCCCGGCGCACCCCUCAGCCUCGGCCGCUGCCGCUGCCGCCGCCGCAGCCGCCCUGCUGCAGCACCAGAUCCACCAGCAUCACCACCAUCAGCAACAGCAACAGCAGCAACAACAGCAGCAGCAGCAGCAACAACACCUACAGCAACAUCUGCAUCACCAGCAAGCACAGGCUGUAGCUGACGUACAAGGGCAGCAGCAGCACCACCAGCAGUCACUCUCGCCGCAGCCAACUCCGGUGACCGCACUCAGCCAGCCGCUUGGAGCGAACGCCGGCAGCACCGGGCCAUCCGUAGCCGGCACCACCGGCACAACCGUCGCGGGAGGCGUUGGGCAGCCGCCGAUGUUCAGCUCGCCGGUCGUAGCGCAGUCGAACGCCGUCGUGAGCAGCCCGUCGCUGAACGGAGCGCUCAGCGUGAACGCCGUCAACGCGGCCAACAACAACAACCACACCGGACUCGGACAGGGCGGUCAGUCGGCCACCGGCAACCUCAAGAUGGACAGCUCCAUGGGACAGAUGACCCCGAUGGCCCCGUUGGCCCUCUCGCAGAGCAUGGACUCCGUCAACACGGCCAGCAACGAAGAAGAGGUGAGUUAUUGUCACAUGUCCAGUAGCACAAUACCCGAUGCAACGUGAUCGAUUGUGUAAGUUGUUGAAAACACUUUUUCAUCCCUCCCUCGCCCG